CCCGGCCAUGGAAAGGGCUUUCUCCUGGCGAGCCCCUCUGACCUGUUCUCUUGUCUUGCAGUGAGCUGGUCCCCAUGGCCGAUCACAUGAUGAUGUCCCUGAGCCACGGAGCAAACGGGCUCCAGAACUACCGCCUGGGCAUGAACGGGCUGCAGGGGCCCCCGCAGCACGGGCAGCACGUGUUACGGACUCUACCUGCCACGGGGCAGAUGAUGCAGUAUGGCGGGGCCGGCAUGGACGGUGCCAUGAGAGCACGACCCAGCAUCAGCGGACCCAUGGGCCACCACCAAAUGCCCAGUGCUAUGAUGUUCAGCAGCCCCAGCCAGCAGCAGCAGUACAUGGGAUCUAUGGGCACUCAGCAGCUCAUGGCCAGCAUGCACCUACAAAAACUCAACACCCAGUAUCAAGGCCACCCUCUGAUGGGCAUGAGCAAUGGUCCUAUGGGAGCAGGUGCACAGCAGUAUAGGGUGGGCCCCACCCAGCACCCUGGCAUGCAGCAUAUGCCCUCGCCAGCUCUGACUUUGAACAUUAUGGACACUGAUCUCAUAGAUGAGGAGGUUUUGACAUCUCUAGUCUUGGAGCUGGGUUUGGACCGGAUUCAGGAGCUGCCUGAACUCUUCUUGGGACAAAACGAGUUUGACUUCAUUUCAGACUUCGUCAGCAAACAACAGCCCAGUGCCAUCAGCUGCUGAAGGGCUUUGCGUUCAGUCCUUGUUCUUUUGUUGGUUUUGAUUUUUUUUUUUCUCCCCCCACUUUCUUUUCCCUUGCCCCCCACCCCCCACAGUUCCUCCUUUUGCCCCUGUCCCUCCCAUGCUCCACCUCCCUAAACACUUGACAGACAAUCAUUGGACAAUGACGGCUUGCACUAGAUUGCUUGUAUUUUUUUUUUCCUGUGUGGGGGCAGCCUUCUUUGCUUUUAAGGGUGGGGAGAAGAAGGGGAAAGUGUUUCUGAUGGACUAAAAUGCAGACUGAGCAGUCUUGUUUUCUUUUAGAGUCAUCCCAAAUGGCAUUAACAGGAUUUCUGUCUCCGGUAGAAACAAUGGACUUGUGACUUUCCAUAAUUAAGCUUCCAAUUGCAGGAGGGAGAGGCACAGCUAGCUGGGUUUGCCUGAGCACUCUGAAUUGCCAGUGAAGUUGACAUAAUCAUCUCUGUGCCUGAGCUGCUGCUGUCUCACCUUGCAGAGAAGGGAUUUGAAGAAUCUUCCGAAGGCAGCAUUGAUAGUACGUCUCCAAUGACUUGAGGUGUCUCCUGUACAUUGUCCACGUCUCCGCUCUGUCCAGUCAGGUGGAGAUUACACCUGCUUGAUAAACCAAAAGCUUGGUUUCGGAUCUGAUGUCAUGAUCUUUGAACACCUGUUUCCUCAGGCAUCCAAAGGCUGCACUUGCAUAUUUGAGGUGACGUUGGAUUUCUUCGUCAAUGUAAGCCUUAUGCAAGAGAUGGCUUCUGAGGUAUGGGAAAUACUGAACAUUCUCCAGAGUUUCACCAGGAAUCUGAAUUACUGGAGCUGGGGGCUGCUUAUUAAGAUCUUGUUGAUGGAGGACUUUUGUCUUCUGAAUGUUAAGUGUCCUCAGUGCUGCUUGUGUAUUUUGCAAUAGUCAUCAGAAAAAAAUGGCAAAAAAGUCACUUUCCCUCUUGCACAGAUUCCUUCUGACUCCAUGACUCUUGUAUUCCUUACAGGUUUCAACAGGAAGGACUGACGAUGCCCUCAGGCCUACCUAGAUAUUGCCUAGUGGUUUGGGCACUUUCCUGGGAAAUGGGAGAUAUAGGUUUGAAUCGUCUUAAUCUGAGAAGGAUCAAGAAUCAGUCUCUCCCAUGUCCUGGGAAAAUGCCUUAAUCAUUAGGGCAUUGAGCAAAAGAUGACCACCACCACCAUGACGUCAAACAAUUACUCUAUGUGGGUUUUUUACUAUUGAAUGAUUUGGGAACUUAGGUGGUGUUUAUGAGCUUCCCAAAAUGGAACUGGAUCACAACAGAGCUCAGGCAGAAUUAGACAACUAGACUAAGUACAGACAGUCAAAAAACCAAAGGCUGAGU